ACAGAUGACCAAACAGCCCUUGUUAGUAAGCCCAGGAAUAAAAGAGGAAACAGUGAUCUGGCAUCAGCUGGAUUUAACAUUAUCAACUCUAUCAUAGGAUCAGGCAUUAUAGGAUUGCCAUAUUCGAUGAAAGAAGCUGGUUUUCCACUAGGAGUACUGCUUCUACUUGGGGUUGCCUUUAUCACAGAUUAUUCCAUUAUAUUACUGAUCAAAGGAGGAAAUCUCUCCAGUACCAACACCUAUCAAGAGCUGGUCAGAAAAACAUAUGGUCUUGUAGGUUAUCUAAUUCUUUCAACUCUUCAAUUUUUAUAUCCAUUUAUUGCUAUGAUUAGUUACAACAUAAUAACAGGAGACACUUUAACUAAAGUUUUCCAGAGAAUUCCUGGAGUUGCACCAGAUAAUGUGCUUACUGACCGUCACUUCAUAAUUCUUCUUACCACCAUCAUCUUUACCUUGCCUAUAUCUUUAUAUAGAGACAUAGCAAAACUGGGAAAGGUAUCUCUUAUUUCUCUGAUUUUAACCAUUGUCAUCCUGGUUAUUGUGAUGGUGAGAACAGUAACAUUAAGUCCACAAGUACCCAAAUCAGAAAAUGCAUGGAUAUUUGCAAAAUCAAAUGCAGUACAAGCUGUUGGGGUGAUGUCAUUUGCAUUCAUCUGCAACCAUAACAGCUUUUUAAUAUACGGGUCUCUGGAAGAACCCACAUUAAAGAACUGGUCUCGAGUCACACAUGUGUCUGUCUCACUUGCUUUUGUUAUCAGUGUAGUGUUUGCUGCAUUUGGAUAUAUGACUUUUACAGGAUACACAGAAGGAGAUAUAUUUGAAAACUACUGUAGAGAUGACAACCUUGCUACAUUUGGAAGGUUUUGUUAUGGAGUUACUGUAAUUCUGACCUUCCCCCUUGAAUGUUUUGUGACCAGAGAGGUGAUUGCCAAUGUGUUUUUCCAUGGGAACCUCUCAACACUUUUCCAUAUUGUUGUGACAGUAGUUAUUGUUGCUGUGGCGACCGGUGUAUCAUUAGUGUAUGAUUGCCUUGGAAUAGUUUUAGAGCUGAAUGGAGUUCUGAGUGCUACCCCACUUGUUUUUAUCAUCCCAACAGUGUGUUAUCUAAGGCUGUCCAAAGACCGAUGGAACCAUUCAGAUAACAUCCUAUCCUGCCUGAUUCUUGCUGUCGGUGUGCUAGUGAUGACAGUUGGGUUUGUUUUGACUAUCUUGCGUCCCCAGGAAUGUAGCCAUGGAAAAGAAAUGUUCUACUGCUUCCCUAGUAAUGUUUCUUUUCACAACAGUACACUUCCACCAUAG